AUGUCUAGGAAAUGCGAGGUUUGUAACAAGUUAUUUUCUACGAAAGGAAAUUUGGUGGCACACAAACGAACACAUACUGGAGAGAAACCUUAUGAAUGUGAUGUUUGCAACAAAAGAUUUUCACGCUCAAGCCAUUUAGUUAGACAUGAAAGAACACACACUGGAGACAAACCUUGUGAAUGUGAUGUUUCCAACAAACGAUUUUCGCAGUCAAGUGACUUAGCUGCCCAUAAAAGAACACACACUGGAGAGAAACCUUAUGAAUGUGAUGUUUGCAACAAAAGAUUUUCGCGGUCAGGUCACUUAGCCACCCAUAAAAGAACACAUACUGGAGACAAACCUUAUGAAUGUGAUGUUUGUAACAAAAGAUUUUUACGACCAAGCCAAUUGGUGGUUCAUAAGAGAACACACACUGGUGAGAAACCUUAUGAAUGCGAUGUUUGCAACAAAAGAUUUUCACACUCGAGCCACUUAGCAAUUCAUAAGAGAACACACACUGGAGAUACACCUUAUGAAUGUGAUGUUUGCAACAAAAGAUUUUUGCAGUCAAGCCACUUAACCGUUCAUAAAAGAACACACACUGGAGACAAACCUUAUGAAUGUGAUGUUUGCAACAAAAGAUUUUCGCGGUCAGGUCACUUAGCUACCCAUAAAAGAACACACACUGGAGACAAACCUUAUGAAUGUGAUGUUUGCAAUAAAAGAUUUUCACAAUCUAGCACCUUAGUUACACAUGAAAGGAUGCACUCUGGACACAAACCUUAUGAAUGUGAUGUUUGUAAGAAGAGAUUUUCAUGCUCGGCCAAUUUAACCAAGCAUAAAAGAACCCAUACCAGAGGCAAACCUUAUGAAUGCGAUACUUGUAAGAAGACAUUUUUACAAUCGGGCCAUUUAGCUAGGCAUAAGAAAACACAUACUGGAGACAAACCUUAUGAAUGUCACGUUUGCAACAAGAGAUUUUCAGAAUCAUACAAGUUAACACAACAUAAAAUAUCAGCACACAAGAGAAAGCCAAGUCUUGAGUGUGCUAAAUGUAAGAAAACAUUUGCACAAAGGCAAAGUCUCAAACGUCAUUGGAGAUCACACUUGAGAGAUGGCUUAUUAUUGUGCCACACCUGUGGCAAAGAAAUUAUUCAAGGUCAAGGACAUGCUAGUGAGAUUCUGAGUGAUGAUCAUUUUGACUGUGACAAAUGCAACAAACAGUUCCCUGAUAUUGAAAGUUUAUAUCAGCACAAGGCCAAAGACCAUGGUACAUCCUACCAAUGUGAUGUCUGUAAGGAAUUAGAAGCAAGAGAAGCAACUGGUAUUGGUUAUAUCUGUUGUGUCUGUGAUGCAGAGUUUGGAAUUGCCACUGAACUUGAAGAUCAUAUGAGUAUGCAUGACAAUGUGCUGCCCAACUAG